AUGACCCACCCAAUCCUACUAGGGUCCUACCCUAACGAAAGCUACGAGCACCCUCCACCCUCCUCACACUCAGACACCCCUAUCCUCGAAGAAGAAAAGGGCCAAAAGCAAGGCCCCAUCGACUUCCGCCAGCGUCUCCGUCACUUCACCUGGGCAUGGUACACCCUGACAAUGAGCACAGGAGGCCUAGCCCUCCUGAUAGUCAGUCAGCCAAACACCUUCAAAGGCCUCAAAGAAAUCGGCCUAGCAGUCUACCUAUUCAACAUCAUCCUUAUGGCCCUAGUCUGUUCCCUAAUGGCAGCCCGAUUCAUUUUCCACGGCGGCCUCCUAGCCUCCCUAACCCACGACCGCGAAGGCCUCUUCUUCCCAACCUUCUGGCUCUCAAUCGCAACAAUCAUCACCGGUCUGGAACGCUACUUCGGCGAUAACCCAGAACCAUCCUUCUCAAAGGCCCUCCAAGUCCUCUUCUGGCUCUACUGCGCCUGCACCUUCGCCGUCGCAACCCUUCAAUACUCCUACCUCUUCACCUCAGUCACAUACCGCCUCCAAACAAUGAUGCCCUCAUGGAUCCUCCCAGCAUUCCCAGUCAUGCUCAGCGGCACCAUCGCAUCCGUGAUCGCCGAACGCCAACCAGACCACUCCUCCAUCCCAAUCGUCACAGCAGGAGUAACCUUCCAAGGCCUGGGCUUCUGCAUCUCCUUCAUGAUGUACUCUCACUACAUCGGCCGGCUCAUGGAAUCCGGCCUGCCAUGCCGCGAACACAGACCAGGAAUGUUCAUCUGCGUCGGCCCACCCGCUUUCACAGCCCUAGCCCUCGUUGGCAUGGCACAGGGUCUACCAGACACAUUCAGUGUGAUGGGCAGCAUCGACAACGCGGCUGAUGGGCGUAUGCUUGAGAUUUUCGCUUUGGCUGCUGGUGCGUUCCUGUGGGCGUUGAGUCUGUGGUUCUUCUGUGUGGCGCUUAUUGCUGUUGUGCGCUCGCCGCCCACGGCUUUCCACCUUAGUUGGUGGGCUAUGGUCUUCCCCAACACUGGCUUUACUCUUGCUACUAUUACGCUUGGUAAAGCGUUUGGAAGUAAGGCAAUUGGUGGGGUUGGCUCUGCUAUGUCGAUUUGUGUGAUCUGUAUGUGGAUCUUUGUUUUUGUUAACCACAUUCGGGCUGUUUAUCGUCAGGAUAUUAUGUAUCCUGGCAAGGAUGAGGAUGUUUCUGACUAG